AUGUUCGUCUACGACGAAGAGACGCGGUUCUGUUGGUUCAAUCGGGCUUCGCUUGAGCCCGAGCAACAGUUUGAGCUUGUCGGCACCAUCAUCGGCCUGGCUAUCUAUAACGGUGUGAUCCUGAACGUGUCCUUCCCGUCGGUGCUGUACAAGAAGAUCCUUAACGAGCCAAUCACGCUGGAGGAUAUGAAGAGCUCGUUCCCGUCCCUGGGCCGUGGCCUGCAGCAGCUCCUCGACUGGGAUGACGGCGAUGUCGGCGACAUUUUCAUGCGUACCUUUGAGAUCUCAUACGAGGUCUACGGACAGGUCAAGUCGUUUCCCCUGGUUGCAGGCGGCGAUAACAUCCUUGUGACGAACGAGAACCGUUUCCAAUACGUCGAGUUGUACAUCCAGCACUAUCUGUUUGAAAGCGUCAAGCGGCCGUUCCAGAGCUUCAAGCGCGGCUUGGAUCGGGUUGUCGGCGGUGAUGCGCUAUUGAUGUGUCGAAGCGAAGAGCUGGAGCUGCUAGUAUGCGGUAUCGAAACUGGCGAGCUCGAGUUUGGCGAGCUUGAGAAGGGAGCCGAAUACGAUGAUGGAUAUGGCCCCGACCACCAGGUGAUCAAAUGGUUCUGGUCGAUUGUCCACAACAUGUCAAUCGAGCGCAAGAAGAUGCUGCUCAACUUUGUGACAGCCUCGGAUCGAGUGCCGCUGAAGGGACUUGGACAACUGACUUUUGUGAUCCAACGAAACGGUCCCGACAGCGAGAGACUGCCAACGGCCCUGACGUGCUUUGGCCGCCUGCUGCUUCCCGAAUACUCGUCGGCCGAAAAACUUGAGAACCGGCUCAUCACCGCGAUAGAAAAUGCAAAAGGAUUCGGGCUCGUAUAG